AUGGGCAUCCUGAAUCUCUGUGCUCUCGUUGGAUCUUUAACGGCGGGAAAAACAUCUGACGUCAUCGGUCGGCGUUACACCAUUGCUCUCUCCUCCGUGAUAUUCUUAGUUGGAUCGGUUGUUAUGGGUUACGGUCCAAACUACGCCGUUUUAAUGGUAGGAAGAUGUAUAGCUGGAGUGGGUGUAGGGUUUGCUCUAAUGAUAGCUCCGGUCUACUCAGCCGAGAUAGCCUCUGCUUCACACAGAGGCUUUCUCACUUCGCUCCCUGAGCUUUGUAUUAGUCUAGGGAUCUUACUAGGCUAUGUCUCGAACUACUGCUUCGGAAAACUGGCGUUGAAACUCGGCUGGAGAUUGAUGCUUGGACUCGCAGCGAUUCCUUCAAUGAUAUUAGCGUUUGGGAUUUUGAAAAUGCCUGAAUCUCCGAGGUGGCUUGUGAUGCAAGGUAGGUUAGAAGAGGCCAAGAAAAUCAUGGUUUUGAUAUCCAACACCGAAGAAGAAGCUGAAGAACGCUUCAGGGACAUUUUAGCCGCUGCAGAGAUAGAGGAAGAUGGAGCGGUUAAAGCGGUUGGCCGCGCGUGUAUGGAGAGAGCUGGUGAUAACCCUACACCCGCGCACGCGACUGGGAUCGAAGCCGUCGUUUUGUACAGCCCAAAGAUCUUCGAGAAAGCUGGAGUGACUUCAAAAGACAAGCUCUUACUAGCCACGGUCGGUGUAGGUUUAACCAAGGCUGUUUUAAUAGUAAUAGCGACUUUCUUGCUGGACAAGGUAGGUCGGAGAAAGCUUCUGCUGACGAGUACAGGCGGUAUGGUUUUUGCGUCGACCAGUUUAGCGAUUGGUCUCACGAUGGUUCACCGUUUCGGGCGGUUAGUGUGGGCCUUGAGGUUGAGCAUCGUCUCUGCGUACACGUUUGUAGCGUUUUUCUCGAUCGGGCUUGGGCCUAUAACGUGGGUGUACAGCUCUGAGAUAUUCCCGUUGAGACUUAGGGCUCAGGGAGCGAGCAUAGGCGUUGCGACGAUCACGAUGGGCGGUGUGUUCUUCAUGUUCGCUGGAAUCGCGGUUGUAGCGUGGUGGUUCUUCUUCUUUAUGUUGCCGGAGACGAAAGGAGUGCCAUUGGAAGAGAUUGAGAAACUUUUUGGUGGUGGAGAUGCUCGUGGUGCUCGCGACGGAUUAGAGAUUCAAGCAAAGAGAGUCAAUAAUAAGAUUUGA